GAUUUCAACUUGAAAUUUUCUAGUGGUGAAGAAAAGGUUUUUCUGAAUUUUUCAUUUUUGGGGGACAUCAAUAUUCAACAUGCCAAUACUUUUUGCAGUGGUAUCCCGUGGUACCACUGUUCUAGCAAAGUAUGCGAGUUGUGCAGGGAACUUUACUGAGGUGACAGAGCAGAUACUGAGCAAGAUUGGACCAGAGGAUUCUAAGCUUACCUACUCACAUGGAAGUUACUUGUUCCAUUACAUCAGUGAGGAUAGGAUCAUCUACCUGUGUAUUUCAGAUGAUGGCUUUGAAAGAUCAAAAGCAUUUUUGUUUUUAAAUGAGGUGAAACGAAGGUUUCAGACCCAGUAUGGAGUAAGAGCACAAACAGCUUUACCUUACUCAAUGAACAGUGAAUUUUCUAGAGUUUUGGCAUCACAAAUGAGAUAUGUCACAGAUAAGAUGGAGCCAGACAAGGUGGAAAAGGUCCAGGGACAAGUUGAUGAGCUCAAGGGGAUCAUGGUCAAGAACAUUGAUAAUAUUGCUGAUCGAGGUGAGAAGUUAGAGCUACUAGUGGACAAGACUGAGGAAUUAAAUGCAAAUGCUGUCUCCUUUAAGAAGUCAAGUCGUGGAUUGGCGAGGUCAUUAUGGCUGAAGAACAUAAAAAUCACAGUCAUUCUGAUCGUUGUAGUCAUUGUAAUUCUUUACUUUAUUGUUUCUGCUGCAUGUGGGGGAUUAGACUGGCCAUGCACAAAGUCCAGCUGAACAGACAGAAUCCUGACCAUUUUCACAAUGAAUCCAGUCUUUCAUUUCAUCCUGACUUGUGUGCCAGACAGUGAUUUCACAACUUGUCAAAGCCAUAUAUACAAAAUGUGUAGCUAGUGUUCAAUAUUACAACCAUCAUUAUUUUUUGGCAAUACCAACCAUAAUUCUUGGCUGUAGGCACCCAUGCAUUGUAUCUUCAAUAUUAUUUUUUUUGUAUCUUGCAAAUACAUUUAUAGGGAAUGGUUUACUUUUUUUUUGAAGAUAGAUAUUUGUUAAUGAAAAAGAAAAAUAGAGCUAUAGAAUUACUUUUGUUCAUCUAAAUCAAUUCUCUUGAAGUGCUUGAAUGGGAUUAUAGCAUCAAAGAAGAAAAACACAACUGGAAAUUUCACAGAUUUCAUUGGUACCUUUCAAAACCUGACAUUCCCAACAAAUUAUUAAAGUGAAUCCACAAAAUAGCAUUUAAAAAUUUUGCUCUCUCUCUCUCUCUCUCUCGAACUGAAUUUUUUCCACAUUACUGUAGAUAUCUUUAUUUAUAAUUUAUGUUGUAAUUAAGUUGAUAUUUCAGUACAGUAUGAUUUUAUCAUUUUCAGUUAUAUGUGAAAUACUUUAUCUAUAGCAAAUGUUAAAAAAAGAAACACAAAUUUUAAAAUUUUCAAAAUUGUAGAAAUACUUUGAAUCCUGUUAGAAUUGAAGAAAUGUAACAAAUAUUGUUCAGAGGAUUUACAAGCAGAUGUGCUGUAAUUCACAGAAAUUGUUGCAAUUUUCCUCUUAAGUGUUUUGUUCCAGAAGUGUGUAAAAUAUGGUACUAUUUAAAAAUACCAAAGUAGAGGGAAUCGGCAAGAUAAGUGCUCUGAUAUGGAGUUAUUUCCAUCAAUAUUUGAUAAUAUAUUUUCUAUUGUUUAUGUUAUAUGAAUUUGUUAUAUCUAUAUGAAUAAAAAUUAAUGUCCAUGUUUAAAAGUUGUUUUUUUAAGCUAG